AUGAGCGAUAACUUUGGGAGGAAAAAAUCGCAGCGAUGGGUGAGCGUUUCCAAAGGAAACUAUAACGGUCAAGAAUGGGACAGCAGUGACGAAGAAAUGGACGGUUUCGAUCACUCAAGUAAUCCGUCUGGGUCUAAACCGAUCAGUAAAAAAGCACCACCUCUGCCUGAAUUGAGCAAUGGUAAUCCCACAAACGAAAUAAUAAUAAAGAAGGUUGAAGAUUCCCAGAUAAAUGAAGGCACAGACGAACGUUCAUCAACGGGAUCGGCUUCAAGUGGUCAAAAAUCCGAUAAAGAAACUCCAAAUCAUGAAACGGACUUGGCAAAUGCUAAUAAGGAAGGUGCCAACUCUGUGGCUUCGGAAUUUCAGUACUCAGAAUCUGAUGACGACGAUGACGAAGAAUACAGGGUACCCCAGACAGGAUACUUUGCAAGCUUAAUGAACAAACAAGAGUCAACAAGUGGUAAUGAGCUUUCGCAGGAACCAAUUGAGACGGCAAGUUCUCUCGAGGAUGGCCAUAGAAACAGUACAGAGACCAAAAAUUCCGCUAACGUAAAGCCGUCGUUGGACUCUCCUAAAGAGUCUUUGGGUGAUAGAAAGGAUUCAGUUUCGGAAUUAGAGUCCUCAAACAUCCAAAAAGAGCUGCGUCUUCUGAAAAAUGAUCCAGAAAUUGGUUCUGACGAAUUUGAAGAUUAUUCAAAAUCUAAGGGAGCUCAAAGUGAUGCUACGCACAAUUCUAGUGGUUCAGACGAGAUUCCUCAAGAAGAGAAACUACGAGGCUUGAUUUCGGCAGAAACGUCUUCUAGCGCUCCGUCGGAAAACUUACACGCAGAUCACUAUUCGUCAAGUCAGGAUGAAGUUCGAAGGUCGCAUUUCGGGUCACGUCGUUCAAACCGGUCACUUAGUGAGGAGCGCAAUCCACUUGGCGAGUUACAUGAAGGACUCUCAAAUCAAAAUACGCCAGUGAGGUCCUCACAUUCGCGAAGGAGGAGCGUGGUAACAGAUGCUUCUGAGGAAUCAUCCACGAAUCGAAAAUCCAGCAUCAAUUCAUCUGAUGGGUAUGAGGAUAAUGCUUCAUUUUUCAAUCAGUAUGGAAACAAUAGCCCGCAAUCUUCAUCUGCAGGUGGGAGCUCUAGAUCUCCGCAUAAAGGACAAGCUUCAUCACCUUUGCAUUUAAGGUACACAUCUAAAACGGAGCUUCGUCCCUCGGACCGGGCGGAGCAAGACUCCAUAGCAGAAGAGGAGGAAGAUGUCACGAACGACAAACAACACUCUUACGCUGAUACUGGUGUCAUCGAUUCAGAUGACGAUGACGACGCUGAAAGUGUCAUAAGAGUUCCAAAAAACGGCUACUACGCUCAGAUCAUGAAAGAUCUUCCAAAGGAUGCCACCAAAAACGAAGAAAUUGAAGCUGAUGGCAGCCAAGACGACGCGGAAAGUGACCUGGUAAGCUCCGAAAGUGGCUCAAUCACUGACAGUAUUCAGGCCUCUCGUGAAAGGCCUAUAGACAGUCAGAAAGUUUCUCACGAAGGGAAGAACAGCGGGCCUGAAUCUACAAAUGAUGCUGCGGAUGAUAGUGACUCAGUGGGUACCAAUGAGGAUCGUAAAAAGUCGGCUUUAAGACAGUCGAUCAACUUAGGUAAGUGGCAACCAGACACUGACGCGACAAGAGCGGGAUUCUUGGGUGGUGCGCCAUCUACAUCCCAGGUUCCUGACGGAUACGUGAUUGAUAGAGAUGGCCAAGUGGUUGACCUCAAUCCUUCAAAAAUGAGAAAUGAUAGAGCGAUAUCUAUGUACUCUGAUGCCGCAAGUGCAUGGAAUGCAUUCCCGGCAUCAGCUGGUACUAUGGGCGGUGACACCGAUACAGUUUACGACACCAAGACAAUUUAUGAUAACCAGACUAUUUUCAAUGUACCAGGUGCAAUUGUAAACCAUGGUACAUUACCUCCAUUACCUCGAGAUGUGCCCAAUAGUGCGCGGACCAAUACAUUCGCAGAUUCUGACUCUAUACUGAAGCACCUCAAUGGCGAAAAGAGGCAGCAUUCUUCUAACCUGAAGGAAGACUUCUCGGUACAAGCCCCGAACUCCAGCGAGAUCGCACAGUUGAAUAAAAAGACAGUUCCAUCGAUGAAUCUGGAUGCCAUACUCCAAUCGAGAAGCAAAACUCAUGCAGGCAAAAUAAGUGAAUUGGAAAACUAUUCGAAGGACCUAAACGACUACGAUAGCGGCCUGCACACAUGGAUUAACUAUGCUUUAAAGUCAUCUGCGUCAGAUAGAGACUACAUUUUCGACGAUUACAAGGUAAACAAGCACGUCAAAGACGCAUACGCGCAAGCUGAUGAGCUAGGUAAGAAAAUGACAGUAAGCAAUACAGUAGCAAAUGUCAAUCAGAAUGUCUCCCACCUGAAGCGUAAAGUUUUCUCACACUCCAUGAAGGAGAAAUCAAAGGGUCUUUUCUCAUCGAUUGGAAUAAAGAAGAUCUGA